AAAUCGAUCUGAUGGUGAAUAGAUCAAACUCAAGUUUUCAGCUCUUUUGUUUUUGUAAACACUUUUUCUCUCUCAAAAUCAUCAAAUCUUUUCUAAACAAAACUCUCUCAUCCUGUUCAACUAUUUUUGUCUCAGAUUCAAAAGGUCAUUUUGGUGGCCCUAAUUCUCGCAACAUGGAGCUUCAAGCCGAUGAUAAGAACAAAAUAUUAAGUAAUUUAGAUGGAAUCAAACUUGAAAAUACAAUGUGUACUUCCGAACGGACUCAAAAUUUACAGCACGAGGAUCGAAGUUAUGAAAAUAAAUCAAAAGUUUUGCUUUCAAAAAGUCCAAAACAUCAACAAUUUAACAAACUGAUUCGAAAGCCAAAUGAAGCACAAUUUAUUACUUAUCACUACUAUUUCCAUAGUAAACCACAAGGCUCACCCCAACUUGCGCUCAGUGAGAUAAACAUGAGACGAGAACUUCAAGAGGAUGAAUGGACAUUGACUAAUUUUUACGCUACUUAUCAGAUCUUACUCAUGGGAAGAGAUUUGCUAAAGACUAAAAUUGAUCCAAAAAAACAAAUCAGAUUAUAUGGAAAUUCAAACGUUGAACGUUAUUUCAAUGAAAAAAUCCGGAUGCCAAACGAUGAUCAGUUAGACCAAUUUCAUCUUCAUUUUCAUUCGAAAACUUCGACUACACCACAAAAUUUUCUUGCUCAUAUAAACAUAACGAGGCAUUCAAAUGAGCCCGAAUGGUCGCUCGUUAAUCUUUUCUCAACUUACGAGUUAUUGAUUAUGGGGAGUCGAUUUAAAAAACUACCAAGUGCUAAGCCUUCACGUGAAUAUGUUAAAGCGGAAGAAGAGAUACGAAAAUUUUAUCUCUCAACUGAGUUCAGGUCAUCGUGACCCAUCGUUAUGGCAACAUUAACUUUGGAACAUGUUUGAGUUUUAAUUAAGAUUAAAUCUCAUCUAAAAAGGAAAUUGGUAAUAAUCAGAUUGUUUCGAGGAUCAUUAUGCGUAAUUAUUUAUGUUUAGUAUUUUUUUUAAUCGAAAUAAUUGAUUAAUUGCAACCCUUUCGAAUGGUUUGCUCUACAAAUCGUUUUCACCAUGAUAGGUCAUUUUGAAAGGCAUUAAUGGAAUUGAAAAUUAACCGAAAAUCUUUGUCUGAUUGUUUCAAUUGAGGGUUAACAAUUUAAUGUUUACUCUGAUUUACUCUGUAAACACCAAAGUAACACCAUGAUAAUUAUCAUGAUUGCUAUGCUAAUAAUAAAAAGUGAUCAUUGAACCAACAAUACAUACAAUUUACCUU